GGGCGUCAUUCCAGCUUAUUUACAUUGCUUCCUUACCGGGCGGGAUUUCCGCAAUAAUAUCAAGUAUGGCGAAAACAUACGACUAUUUGUUUAAAUUACUGUUAAUCGGAGACUCUGGUGUCGGGAAGACCUGCGUCCUGUUCAGGUUUUCGGAAGACGCCUUCAAUUCAACGUUUAUCUCAACUAUAGGCAUUGAUUUCAAGAUUAGGACAAUAGAGCUUGACGGCAAGAAGAUAAAGUUACAAAUAUGGGAUACAGCUGGUCAGGAACGCUUCCGAACAAUCACAACAGCCUACUACAGAGGUGCAAUGGGCAUCAUGCUCGUCUACGACAUCACAAACGAAAAAUCCUUUGAAAAUAUCAAGAACUGGAUAAGGAAUAUAGAAGAGCAUGCAUCAGCGGACGUUGAGAAGAUGGUCCUUGGCAACAAAUGUGACAUCAAUGACAAGCGGCAGGUGUCCAAAGAGAUGGGGGAAAAGCUUGCACUAGAGUAUGGAAUAAAGUUCAUGGAGACCAGCGCAAAGUCCAACAUCAACGUGGAAAAUGCGUUUUUGACGCUCGCCAGAGACAUCAAAUCAAAAAUGGACACAAAAUUGGAGGGCAACACACCGCAAGGAAGCAGUCAGGGCGUAAAGAUCUCAGAGCCUCAGAAAAAGACCAGCUUCUUCCGCUGUAGCCUACUCUGAGGACUGAGGCCUUUCAUACUGACUGGACAUAAAUAGACUGUUCUUGCUCUUAGCACUUCCUCCCCCUUUCUCUCCGGCUAUGGUCAGUCCUCUCAGCCCACGUAAGCCAUUAUAUUGUCAGUAAAUGGAGGACUUCCCCUCCUUGCUUCCUCUUCUGAAAGCUUCCAGAGUUUCAUCUUUUCCAUUUUAAGGAUAAAUGUUGACUUCAUGGGUCACAGUGCUCUGCUGGUUGGAGGACUCAGCCAGGAGCAUUAUCCAGAUGUUCCAUUUAACACAAAGGAAUGGGCUCUUACUCCAGAUGUUAGUCUCUUCAUUAUCCUCACUCACUCAUUCACGCAACCGGUAGCAGAACCAGGGAUGAGAAGUCAUUAAUAGUUUGUGGACUGGAUUACAAAUGUGAUAUAUUUAGAUCUAUUUUUAAUAGCACUCUUUCCCUUUUUUUAUGUGACAAAUUUCAACCAGAGGCCGAUGAGCUUGAAUUGCUGUCAAACAGAGCUGUACAGGUUUCCUUUUCACUGUCAGUCAAGGAUCAGACAGAGAAUGAGCUGACAGCACUGCUCUUGUUGUCCUUGACAAUCAUUUUUUUGUGACUGAAAAUGAUUACUCCACCAUUGGUGCAUUCACCUCCUUUCAGUGAGUGAUGAAGAGCAAUAUAUUAUCUUAAACUACAGUUUUUGUCAUUCUAAUGAUGAAAAUGCAAGUACUCUGUUUAGGAACAUUUCUCUAUGUAGCAAAUGACCAGUCUUAAAUUUGUAAUAAUAGGAUUACUGUGACAGUGAGUCCUUAAUUUAUAGUUUAAAAUCACAGCCUGUUUAAAGCCACUAAAGAUGUCCCUUAAUUUAGGGAAAUUAAGGGACUUUUUAAACGAUCUAUUAUUGAAGUUUGUUUAUCUCCAUUGACCUGUCACCUCAGCUCUUAAGUAAAAUAGAUUGAGUGUUUUAAGCUUUGAGAUUGAUGUCUGAAUUUUUUCUGUCAGCUCUUAGUCGCAGUUAAGCUGAAUGACGUCUCUGGUUGUUUGAUGAGCAGUUAAAAUCACUUGAAGUUUCACACUGUAAGCCCCUUUUGCCCCUUCCCUGCUGUCAUGCAGCUCUCCUUGCACUUUACCAGUAAAUUGUGGUUCGUGUGUAGUCUGUGCCAAGUGAUAGUUUUGCAAUACAGUACAGCUAUAAAUUUCUUUUGCUCCUUUUGAGUCUUGGUAAUAUAAAGGACAUAUAUUACCAACAUUUUACAACACCCAAAGGACUCAAUCUCCUCUGGUAGUUCACAGCUAGCAGUCCACUGCCCUGUUAUUAGUUCUCUUAAAAACGUUUCCUUACUCAGACUGUAAGUUAUUUCAGCAUAUAUCUGUGCGUAAGAGAUAAAAGUCUUUAAGCCUCUCUUUUUUAUACUACUGUGCUUGCCAACCCAUAGUUUAAAAGUAAUAUUUUAUGAGUUUACAUAGAGAUGGCUUGAAUUAAGCUAAAGAUGGCCCUGUUUGGGGUAUUCUGCGUUCUUUUACAGGUUUGUUUUUCCCCAUUGUGGACAUUAGAUCUGACAGCUAGGUGGCGCCAGAAGCACACGGUGCAUCUUAGGUGACUGCCAAACUUCAAAUAUGAAUCAGUAUUUUAUUAGAGACAGCUAAUUUGGGGAGUGUGAUGCAAUUAUGUACACUCCACCUGUGUUGAGCUUAAAUGUGGAUUCUCAGUCUGUUUCCAUUGUUUCUAUGUUUAUGUUAGUCUUAAAAUCAAGUUCCUACAUGCACAGUAUGGGACAAUAGGUUUCAUGCACCUUUGUAAUAUCAAAUAAUUUGGGACCUCAUGAAUACCAUGGCCAUUUGUCUUAACCACUAGUAAUCUAUUCUGUCAUAGGUGAGCUAUGCAUUGUGAAUCUCGGACCUGUGCGUGUGUGUAAUGUACUUUUUUUUCAGACAUACCUACAGAGCUGUACAGUUGAAUGUAUGGGCUUUUGUUAUUUUUGUUUUGUGUCAUUCACUGAGCCAAAAAAGAGAGGACACGCUCUGUUUAUUUAAAGCAGCAUUGGUGCAUCAUUGCAGGUGAAAUUUAGCACAGCGGGGUACUGUUGAGCGGGAAGAGAGCGGAUGUCGAAAUGUGAGGACGGCACCGUUUUGUUCGAGCUUUAAGUCAUAAACAGAAACAUAGGGAGCAAACUUUUAUGGGACUCGAGCUGUAUCAUUUUUUUUUUCUGAAA